AUGGGAUUCUUCAAGCUGGGACGGCUGGAGCGUGGCAAAACAGAGUCCAAAGCUGACAAAAAGGACGGCGAACCGCUGUUGGAGGGGCAGUACGAUGGCGAACGUAAGAAGCGUGAGCCAGAAGGCACCUCCAUGGCGGCCAGACCAGCCGAGGGGGGCCGGUCCGCUGCACGUGUGCAGGCUGGAUUGUCUGUGAAUGACUACAUCAGCAAGACCAAAAGCCAGCAGCGACAGGGCCUAAAGCCUUCAGGGCCUGAGCUCAUUGCGUAUGCUCGAUAUCUGGGCAUCGAUCCCGUGGCAGACCAUGACCUUCUAUGGAUUGCCCAUGAGGCAUUGGAAGCACCGCUGCCGUCAGAUUGGACGGAACAUUUUGACAGCAGCGAUCGGGUUUUCUACUACAAUGCCUCCACACGGCAUAGCUCGUGGACGCAUCCGCUGGAGCAAGUGUACAGGGAUACCUACAAGACCAUUGUGGGGCUCCGCAACUCCACCAUGCCACAGGACCGGGCUGAUGCCUUGGCCAAGUUGCAGGCAGAGGUCCGACAGAUGGACCAGGACACCCACAGAGAAGUCGCCAAAUGGUCAGAGCACCAGGAUGAGCAGGGGCACCGCUUUUUCUUCAACAAAGAGGAGAGGCUCAGUACUUGGACGGAUCCUCGACCUGCGAAGAUGCAGGUCUUGUACCUGAAAAUGAAGAUGCUUAGAUUGCUGCUGCUGUCCAGCAGUGCGGGAACCGGAGUCGGGGACACCAAAGACGCGAGAGAGCGGGAUGUACCUCGAGGUGGCAUCUUUGGUGGGGAGAGAAUGGAGAAGGUUGAGAAACCGGACAAAAGAGAAAAAGGUUCAGACGAUGCACCUAUGGCAAAGCCAAGGACAAGCACGGACAAAAGAACCAGUGGCGCCGCGGAUGAGAUCAUUGACCUGUCCAAAGACGGCUUAGAUGACAAGAACUCACCAAGGACAUCAGAGCAGUCAGCCAAUGCGAGUGACUCUGACAGUGAGGAUAAGAAGAAAAAGAAGAAGAAAAAAAAGAAGGAGAAAAAGAAGAAGACUGAGAAGGUUCUCAAGGAGGAGAAGCUCGCGGCCUCAUCUCCUGACCUCAUGGGCGCGAGGCCGCCAGCAACUUCCAGUGCUGCCAACCUACAAAUGUCCAAUUCAGAGGACGGUGGAGGCUUUGGAGACGGGGAGGCAUUGGGCAAGGGCCAUGUGAAGAUCAAGGCCGGCAUUCGCCUAGAGCCUUUGAGCGCACUGGGAGGAAGCUCCUCGGAACGUGGGCUAGAUGUCCGGUUGACUGGAAGCCGCGGCUGA